CACCCUCACAGCCCCUCCGCUGCCCCUCAGUGGCAUUCCCUCCCAGUCCAGAGAGGAAGCCAAAGUGAGCGAUGGGUUCCCACUGUGCCAAGCUGGGCACGGGCCACAGCCGGGGCCACGAAUCCUCCAUGAAGAAGCUGGUGGCCUGCGUGAGUCAAGAUAACUUCUCCCUGUCAUCGGAGGGCGAGGAAGAGGAGGAGGCAGAGGAAGAGGAGGACGAGGAGCUCCCGGUGCAGGGGAAGCUGCUGCUGAUGGAGGCGGAGCAGGAGGAGGAGGAGGGCGCCGAAGACGACGCCGAGGCGGCCCAGGAGAGCCCGGAGCCCAAGCAGACACACUCCUGACCCGCGAUGACGGCCCAGGACGAGGUGCCCGCCGCCGUUCCAGCGAGGAGAGCUUUCAGAACAGAGUCAAUAAAGAGUCUCCAAGAAAG